ACUUAGGUUGUUCCAUGGUGGUGGGAGCCUGGUCAGAGAAAUAAAGGCCCAAGUGUGGCAGAGCACAGACUCAAGGUGGUGGGGGACCAUGACCCCUCCUCCUCCCAGGGACCUGUCCCUUCACCUCCUAUGCACAUUGGAGCCCUGAAGUGCACAUUGAAGCCAGGCUUGGUGUACACCAAAGCGAACCUCAUCUUCCACUACUGGCAGCUGGAUGACCACAAGUUUGGCCUGACUUUCCAGAGCCCAGCAGACACUGACGCUUUCCAGAAAAGCAUGCAGACUGCCCUAGCAGAGCUGGUCCAAGGCUCUCACUCCUCACCCUCUUCCUCUUCUUCCAACACCUCCCAGGAGCCCCCAGAUGUCCUCUCCAUCCGCAAGACACACCGGAACAGCCAGUCUUCUUCCAGCUCCAUCCGCCAAGAGGCUAGGCCUCCAGAUCCAGCUAUAGUCACUAGCCAGUCAUCUGGUUUGGGCCCAGCCAUGACCUCCCAACGCCGGCCUUCCCCCACACAGAGUCCCCCGCAACUCCAGCAACUUCAGCCCUUCCCGGUAAGGCCGGAGGCCCCAGGAACCAUGGCCGGCUGGGUGGGCCGAGGCUACGAGGAUUAUCGGAGAGCUGGCCCGCCCCCUGUGCCCCUGGCUGUGUCCUGUGUGAUGCGCUUCGACAAGGCCGGCAGCAUACCGCCCCCCGGUCAGGCUGUGAGCCCCACAGUGCCAAGGACCCAGGCAUCCCCACCCCCGCCGCCCCCAACACCGACUCCGGCCCAACUCCUGGCCAAAGGCUCACCGUCUUGCCGUGUGACUGCAGGCUUCGCGGAAGAGGCGUCUGCUGCAGACGCGGUGCGCUGCGUGCAUUGCCGGGCCCUGUUCCGCCGAGGCUCGGAUGGGCGAGGGCGACACUGCCCCGAGGCCCCAGACCCUGGGGGCCGGCUGGUGCGCCGCCUCAGUUGCCUCUGGUGCGCGGAGAGCCUUCUUUAUCACUGCCUGUCAGACGCCGAAGGCGAUUUCUCGGACCCGUGCGCCUGUGAGCCAGGCCACCCGCGCCCAGCUGCGCGCUGGGCGGCCCUAGCCGCGCUCUCCCUCGCAGUGCCCUGCCUUUGCUGCUACCCGCCCUUGCACGCCUGCCACUGGGCCGCGGUACGCUGUGGUUGCCCCGGCUGUGGGGGCCAUCACGAGGCGGCCCGGUGA